ACAGAAACUGGGUCAGAGCCAGGGAGGCAGAUUCAGGCAGGCGAAUCCGAGGGUUAGGCAGAGGGCGGUAGUCAGGAGGCAGAAGGAAGGUCAAUGUCCAGGAAUCAGAAGCCAGGGAGAUAUCCGAAGUGGGCAAGGCAGAGCAGAGGAAUCCAGGAGGCAAAAACGAGAUCAGGAUCAGGCAAUCAGACAAGGAAAGAAAGAUGGACAUUUACUCACACUAAGGCUUUUGAUAAUGUGAUGCUGUUUGUCUGCCAGCAUGCUGCUUAUGAAGCCAGCUGAACAGGUGGAGCAGGUGAAACGUGAUUAGGAGCUGGCUGGAAAGGAGCAGGUGAAAGCAAUCCUCAUAAUAGCUGCAGCAUAGAGAUGAUCAACAGGCAGACAGAGGUGGUGCAGGCAAACAGUCCAGAAUCAUAUCAGUAAUAUAAUCAUUUGAAAUCCCAUCUGUUACACCAGGUUUAAGAUGGCAUCCGACUUAUAACUUUCGAAUCAGCACUUGACUAAAGAACCAUUUAACUGCACUCAAUGACUCUGGACAACCUUUAUACAUUUAUUCAUUUAUUAUUUAUGGUAAAUAUAAUCAAUAAUUUACACUGCUACUGCUGGGCUGGAGUUUUCACAUGAACGCUGUAACAGUUUGCAAAUAGAUUUAAAGAAAGUAAAUUUUUAAAGUAUCUGCUCACUUUUAACUAGACCCUCCUUGACCGAUCCCCAUCUAUAAUAGAAAAUAAACGCUGGAUUUUACUGCCAUACAAUUUGUCAGUCAGUCUCAACCUCUUGGCCUGUGUUUCCAGCAGUCACACAGUAAUUCAAACAAAACACCUUGUUUCAUAGCGGUACCAGGAGGGUCAUAAAUGUCACAGAGGGACAGUGGAAUGAACAGAAACCCUCUAGUAAAAUUCUCCUUAAAUUUGCCUGGAACAUGAACACAAAAAAGAAAUAAUGCGUCAGAAUGAAAACAAAACUUAUGAAACUAAAAGAAUGGCCUCUCCUAGGAAAACCUUUCAUAUUUAUUUUUUGGGUAAAUUAAUCAGUCUCAACUGGCUUUUAUAUAACUUCUCAGUUUUGAUGACUGUGUCUUUUAGAACUCGUGAUAAUACUGCUGGGCGGCAGCCUUUGUGUCAAAGGCGAGUUAACAUCAACCCAAAAUAACAGAAGGGUGUGAAAACAACUGUGCUUGAAGUGAGAAAGAAGUGGUUCAAACAUUUGUUUCCUCAGUGUCUGUGAUAAACUCAGAGAAUCAGGCUCCAGCAUAAGAACGUCAACUUAAAAAGGUCAAAGACAAACGUAUUAAAAAAACAUAUUUAUUUGCAAUUUAUUGAUCAGGCAUAACUUUUCUGUUUUUUACUCAGGUUCAGUUUGUUAUUAGCUCGGCUUCCAAUUUAAAGAUGAGCAAAUUCUCAUGUGAAGAGAUUUAUGAAAAUGUCAGGUCACUUCCAAAAGAGAGUAAGAAAACAGCAACGUCUCGUUCCCGCCGGCUGUGGUGGUGUUUGGGGAUAAUUUGCUUCCUCCUGGUGGGAAGCAUUGUGGUCAACAUCUGGACGGGUCUUCAAAUGUACGAUCAGAAAGCAAACAUCCGUGAACUGAUGAUGAAGAUGGGGAACUCACAAAAUCAUAGUGAGGAGCUGACUCGUGAGAAUAUUGUACUGAACUUCUUACUAGGGUUUAUUCUGAAGUUUGACAACUUCCCAGUCUCGGAAUACUACGCUGGCAAAGAGUGGCAACCAUGUCAGAAAGGCUGGAUUUUGUUUCAGAAGAAGUGCUAUCUGUUUUUUGAUCUUUCUUCUUGGAAAACCUGGGAGGGAAGUCAACAGCACUGCCAAAGCAAAUCUGCAGAUCUGGUUGUUGUUGAUUAUUUGGAAGAACAGGAAUUUCUCAGUAAUCACAGUACCUUCUACUAUGACAACAAUCAUGGAUACUGGUUGGGGUUAACUCAAAGAAACAAAAGUUGGAAAUGGAACGAUGGACGUAAUGACACUCUUGGGUACUGGAUGAAGACAGAAUUUGGUGGUUCUGGUUCGUAUGCUCUUCUAAUCCCUGGAAGCACUCCGACGGAGAGCUGGGACACAUCAGAUGCUGAAUUCCAGAACAAAUUCAUCUGUGAGCAAGAAGCCCUGAUAAAGCCUGAAACUAAAGCAAAUAUGCUGGACAUUUGAUCCACUGCUAGGGAAUUUAUAAUAGUGGUUCUCAAAUGAGCUGAGCUUUGACCCACCUCCUCCCCAUCUUCUCCUUCUGGACUCACAACAACCCGAUCCUUCAGGCCUCCACUCCACCACCUUUCGGAUCCCGGGGGGAAGACAUCUCUAAUUUAAUCCUAAAAAUACUCAUUCAAGCCCUCAUCAUUCGCAGCGUUCAGGUCUUCCCCCGGGUUCUGAGCGCCAAAGAAAUGUAUAUAAAAAUAAACUUCUAAUAGCCUUUCCUUGUGUUUUCCCUUUUGGGUCUAUGACCCAAAAAUGAAUCUCUGCAGAGCAAUGCAUACAGAGCGUGAGCAAAUAUGCUCUUCAUACAGCAUAUGCACUGGAGACUAUGUAUUUCAAGGUUCAAGGUUACUUAAUAUGCACCCAUAAUGUAGAUUUGUUUUCCAGUAGUUCAAAAUACACUUACACACACACACACACACACACACACACACACACACACACACACACACACACACACAGGUAAAAAAAACAAACAUCUUAACAUAACCAGAACCAUAAAAUAUAGUAUUGCUCAAACUGCUCAAGACUUCAAAAAUCAAACACAAGGAUAAAGAAGAGGACAGCAUUGCAUAUAAAUCCCCAGGGGAAUAAAACCUAAUGAAACCAAAAUAAAAACAGAUAACGCCAUAAUCUGGUAAAAGAAAAUAGGUAAAAAAGAAACAAAACUAAAAAUGUUGGGUUUAGCAAAACAUUGUUGUUGUUUAAUCACUUCUCUUUAUUUUGUUCUUUUUCAUUUCACAGUAAAGAUAUUAACUGACAUUUAUGCAAAAGCAGACUGUGCUGUUCCUAAAUCUUUAAUUAUUUUAUUCAGUUUGGCUGAAUACAGCGAGCAUUUUCAAAAUAAGAAUGAUCCAAAACUGGUUUUGCUCAGAAUAGAUGUGUUUUUGUUUUUAUUUAUAUAUUUUUAUUUCAUGUUUACAAUGAUUUACACAUCAAUUUCCUACAGAAAGUCUGACUAAUUUAUUUGGUUAACUCAAAAAUUAAAAGCUCUGUUUAUUAUUGACCAAGGAAAUAAAAAAUCACAAUAUAACUAUUUGUAGUAAUUUUUUAGAGUUAGAUUCUUUUUCAUCCUUGAUUACUUUAACUGGACAAAUUUGUCCCAUGUGACAAUAAGUUGGGCACAUCUGAUGUAGAUGCUUUGGGCAAUUGUCUUCUUGUUGCCUUAAUGUUUUUUCCAUUUCUUUUAUCACUGUAAAAAAUAGAAAAUAAAUUUAAAACUGAUAUCCUGCUUACAAGUUCAAUUUAAUUAUUUUUUAUUUAUAAAGCACCCGUUCACAACAGGUUA